GAUUGAUUCGUACCAUGUCGCUGUGUCUGUGUCUUUGCGUGUGCACUCCCACUCGGUCCACACCCAAUCAAUCAAUCGAUCAUGGAGAGCUCCUUGCCGGUGUCUACGGCGUCGUAUUUGAAAUCGGAGCGGCGAUCGAAAUCCAGGACUCUUCAGACUACAUCCAAAUCCUCUGUUAUAAUGGCCUUUCUAUCUUGUCUUGCCUGGCUUUAUGUUGCUGGACGGCUGUGGCAAGAUGCAGAAAACAGGAUGCUUCUGGCCAAUUUGCUAAAGAAAAAUUCUGGUCAGCGACCAAAGGUUCUUACAGUGGAUGACAAGCUACUAGCCCUCGGAUGCAAGGAUUUGGAGAGAAGAAUUGUUGAAGCUGAGAUGGAAUUGACAAUGGCAAAAAGCAAUGGGUUUCUUAAAAACCAGUUGCAGCUAACUGGGACUUCCAGUAAAAAAUUGCUUGCUUUUGUUGGAGUUUAUACUGGUUUUGGUGGUCGGUUGCGACGUAAUAUCAUACGGGGAUCUUGGAUGUCAGAAGCUAAUGGAUUGAAAAAACUUGAAGAAAAGGGGAUAGUUGCACAAUUUGUAAUUGGACGGAGUGCUAAUCGUGGUGACAGCUUGGACCGUAAUAUUGAUGAGGAAAACCGUGCAACUAAGGAUUUCUUGAUUCUUGAGAAUCAUGAGGAAGCUCAAGAGGAAUUGGCAAAGAAAGCAAAGUUCUUCUUUAGCAGAGCAGUGCAGAUGUGGGAUGCCGAAUUUUAUGUAAAAGUUGAUGACAAUGUUGAUCUCAAAUUUGAUGAGUUAAUUGAACUUCUUCAAAGCCAUCGUGGUCAAGACAAUGGUUAUAUAGGUUGCAUGAAGUCCGGGGAAGUGGUUGCUGAAAAGGGACGGCCAUGGUACGAGCCAGAAUGGUGGAAAUUUGGUGAUCAGAAAUCGUACUUCCGUCAUGCAGCUGGUUCAGUCAUUAUACUUUCCAAAAGUUUGGCUCAGUAUGUUAACAUUAACAGUGCAUCUUUGAAGGCUUAUGCCCAUGAUGAUACCUCUGUUGGGUCUUGGAUAAUGGGACUCCAGGCGACCUAUAUAGACGAUAGUCGUCUAUGCUGUAGUUAUUCAGGGCAUGACAAGGUUUGUUCAUCAGUUUGAGAGGUUAACAGACCGAGGCAUGUACCCGCCGUGCAGUCUCAACUGAGACAGUUUGUGUGAGAGAGAGAGAACAAGGUGAAUGAGUUAGAAUUAGAGCUGAGUUUGAUAUACUUGUAGAGGGCCACGGAAUUCGAAUGCAAGAGACAUUGACCAAAACUUGAAGCUUACAGAGAUGGCGACUUUUGUGAUGAAUGAUAGAAGGGAACAUGCAUUAUACAAUUUUCAAGUUGUCAAUUAUUGCCGAGCACAAGCUGCUGCUGUAUCUCUCACCUUUGUAAGAAAUCUAACCUUAGAGUACCAGUAUUAUUAUAAAGACCAAAGGCUAGUAGCAUGCAUGAACGUAUGCAGCUCCACUUUACUUGAA